UUGAAUAUUUAAAUGUAUGUAGGAAAGGGGUGAAGGAACAUGCUUCUUAUGUACUGUUCCCACAUAAAUUAACAAAUCCAAAUAAAGCUAUAGCAGAAACCUCUUACUCCUCAGCAAAAUGAAGCCUUUUCUUUUUUUGUCCUCUAUACUUUUGUACAUAUACAUUCAUCUUCUUUUUCUGUUCACCUCUAACUUAAUUGUGGCAGUGGCUGCAAUAAUAGGAAACCAAACAGAUCAUUUGGCAUUGCUCAAAUUCAAAGAAUCAAUAUCCAAUGACCCAUAUAGAACUCUUGAAUCAUGGAAUUCUUCCAUCCACUUUUGCAAGUGGCAUGGAAUCAAAUGCAGCCCAAUGAAUGAAAGAGUUAUAGGGUUGAACCUAGAAGGAUAUCAGUUACAUGGUUCUUUAUCUCCUCAUGUUGGCAAUCUCACCUUUUUGAUAAAUCUCAACCUUAGAAACAAUAGCUUCUAUAGAGAAAUACCACAGGAGUUGGGUCAGUUGAUACAAUUGCAACAACUUUAUCUUACCAAUAACUCGUUUCAGGGUAAAAUUCCUACCAACUUGACAUAUUGCUCCAAUCUCAAAGAUUUAUACUUGGAUGGGAAUCUUCUCAUUGGUAAAAUACCAGUUGGAAUCGGUUCUUUGAAAAAGCUUCAACGAAUGACCGUUUGGAAAAACAAAUUAACCGGAGGAAUCCCUUCAUCCAUAGGGAAUCUUUCUUGCUUAACGGGUUUUUCGUCUGGUUCUAACAACUUAGAUGGAGAUAUUCCACAAGAAAUAUGUCACCUCCGAAACUUGACAAUUUUAUUUCUUGGCGAGAACUAUUUUUCUGGUAUGAUUCCUUCUUGUCUUUACAAUAUCUCAUCACUUGUUGAGAUCUCACUAACACUGAAUAACUUUCAUGGCCCUCUACUACCCAACAUGUUCAACACCCUCCCCAAUCUCCAAGCUUUUGUAAUCGGCCAAAAUCAAAUCUCUGGUCUAAUUCCAACAUCCAUUAUAAAUGCAUCUUUUGUCUUAAAAUUUUUUGAUAUCAGUAACAAUAAUUUUGUCGGACAAGUUCCAACUCUAGGAAGGCUAAGAGAUCUUCUAUUUCUCAAUUUGGAAGGGAACAAUUUAGGUCACAACUCAACUAAGGAUUUGGAGUUCUUAAAAUCUCUGACAAAUUGUAGUAAGUUGCAAGCGGUUUCUAUAUUCAAUAAUAGUUUUGGAGGUAUUUUGCCAAAUUCCAUAGGAAAUUUAUCAGCUGAACUUGGAGAACUAUAUCUCGGAGAUAAUAUGAUAUCAGGAAAAAUUCCUGCAGAAUUAGGACAUCUAAUUGGCUUAAUUCUCUUGACCAUGGAAUAUAACUACUUUGAAGGGAUUAUUCCACCUACUUUUGGAAAAUUACAAAAUAUCCAAAAGUUAGCAUUUGGUCGAAACAAGUUGUCAGGUGAUAUACCACUCUUUAUAGGAAAUCUCAGUCAAUUGUUCCAUCUGGAUUUAUAUCGUAAUAUAUUUGAUGGAAAUAUUCCUCCAAGUAUAGGAAACUGUCAAAAGUUACAAUUUCUAGAUCUUUCUCAUAAUAAGCUUAGAGGAACCAUACCUUUAGAGGUUUUUAAUCUUUUUUCUUUAACAAACCUCUUGGACUUGUCACAUAACUCUUUGAGUGGUAGCUUACCAAAAGAAGUGGGUAUGCUAAAAAAUAUAGAUUGGCUUGAUGUUUCUGAAAAUCAUUUGUCUGGGAAUAUUCCUGAAACUAUUGGUGAAUGCAUAAGCUUAGAGUACCUCAAUUUACAAGGUAACUCAUUCAACGGAACAAUACCAUCCUCUUUUGCAUCUCUCAAAGAUCUUAGAUAUUUAGACCUUUCAAGAAAUCGAUUGGCUGGAUCAAUUCCUGAUGUUAUGCAAAAUAUCACUGUUUUGGAACAUUUGAAUGUAUCUUUUAACAUGUUGGAUGGUGAGGUGCCAACCAAUGGUGUCUUUGGAAAUGCAACCCAAGUAGAAAUGAUUGGAAACAAUAAGCUUUGUGGAGGUAUUUCAUUGAUGCAUCUACCACCAUGCCCUAUCAAGGGUACGAAACACACAAAACAUUAUAAAUUCAGGUUGAUAGCAGUGAUAGUUAGUGUGAUUUCUUUUUUUCUCAUACUUUCAUUCAUUAUAACUAUGUACUGGAUGAGGAAAAGAAAUAAGAAACGAUCUUUUGAUUCACCAACAAUUGAUCAACUAGCUAAGAUUUCAUACCAAGAAUUGCAUCAAGGAACUGAUGGGUUCUCGCCUACAAACUUCAUUGGAUCAGGAAGUUUUGGUUCUGUGUACAAAGCAAAUCUUGAGUCGGAAGAUCAUGUUGUUGCUGUAAAGGUCCUGAACCUCCAAAAAAAGGGAGCUCACAAGAGUUUCAUUGUUGAAUGUAAUGCACUCAGAAAUAUUAGACACCGAAAUUUAGUUAAGAUCAUAACAUGUUGUUCGAGUACAGAUUACAAAGGUCAAGAAUUCAAAGCUCUAGUUUUUGAUUACAUGAAAAAUGGAAGCUUAGAACAAUGGUUGCAUCCCGAAAUUUUAAUUGAAGAGCAUCCAACAACAUUGGGCCUUGGUCAAAGAUUAAACGUAAUUAUCGAUGUUGCUGAUGCAUUACAUUAUCUCCACCAAGACUGUGAGCAAUUGGUCCUUCAUUGUGAUCUAAAGCCAAACAAUGUCCUUCUUGAUGAUGAUAUGGUUGCUCAUGUGAGUGAUUUUGGAAUAGCAAGACUUGUCUUAUCCAUUGGCGGCAGCUCUCGGAAGGAUACUAGUUCAAUUGGAAUUAAAGGGACUGUUGGGUAUGCUCCUCCAGAGUACGGAAUGGGCUCUGAAGUUUCCACAUGUGGUGACAUGUAUAGCUUUGGAAUUCUGGUGUUGGAAAUGCUUACCGGUAGAAGACCUACUGAUGAAGUUUUUGAAGAGGGUCAAAAUCUGCAUAAUUUUGUUGCAAUUUCAUUUCCUGAUAACCUUAUGAAGAUUUUAGAUCCACAUCUUGUAUCAAGAGAUGUAGAAGUAGCAAUGCAAGAUGAAAAUCGUGAAAAUCUUAUUCCAACUAUUGAGAAGUGCUUAGUUUCACUUUUUAGGAUUGGAAUUAUUUGUUCAAUGGAAUCACCGAAAGAAAGAAUGAAUAUUGCAGAUGUCACUGGAGAGCUUAGCAAAAUCAAAAAGUCCUUUUUCACCGGUGUUCACGCUCAUAAUUAGCAAUAACAGCCGAACUAAAUUUCUAAGAUCAUUUGUGGAAAGAGAAAUGUAUUCAGCUUGGAUUCACUGUUGUUAAGAAACUAAAUUGAUCAGCUGGAAGCACAUGCUCAUUAUUCGCGGUGAAUUCAGUUAGAAACGUUUGAUUCUGUAUGAUUGUGUUUAAUUAAUGUAGAUUUUUAGAUUUUUCCUGCAACCCUGCCAGUGUCUGUAAAUAAGUAAUGUUGUAUUGGUUUUUAAUUCAAUGAAAUGAGAGUUGCUUCCUGUAAUAUUAAUGUUUUGGUAUUUUGGAUAAUCCAUAAGAAGAUGAUAUGCUAGUAUAAAGAUGUUUUGAGUCUCUGGAAGAUUCAGUUUAUGGUUUAUGCACCAGGGGCUUCAUACAUUCCUGUAAUAUUACAUCAGUCUUUUGUUUCCUACUAGAUGAUUUUGUCAGCUGUAGUUUAGGUCAUCGUAUUUUUAUCGAAUGUAAGAGUCUUUUUAGUUUCUGUGGUUCCAAGUUUCCUGUUUUAUAGAAAUUUGGUAAGGCCUGUAUAGUGUACUGUUUUCUAUGUUCGUUGAAGUUAUGUUGCAUCUAUGACAUGAUCAAAGGAUAAUUGAAAGUGUUUAACUUACGAUACAGAGAAAACCAAAAACAAAAA